AUGAUCAAUUGGCCAAAACCAGCUUCAGUGAAGCAAUUAAAAGGGUUUUUGGGGCUAACAGGGUACUACAGGAAAUUUGUGAGGGGAUAUGUGGCAAUUGCUAAGCCCUUAACUGAGUUGCUUAAGAAGGAUGGGCUUGAAAAGAAGCCCCUGGCAUAUUUGAGUAAGGCACUAGGACCUAGACAUCUAGGAAUGUCUAUAUACGAGAAGGAGUUAUUGGCUAUAGUGACUACUAUCAGCAAGUGGAGACAUUAUCUAGAGGGCCAUCACUUUGUCCUUAAGACUGAUCAUCAAAAUGAUAUCAAGAAGGAGGUUCAAGAAUGUGAAGUAUGUAGCAGAUGUAAGCAUGAAAAUAUUCCCAAUCUAGGCCUGCGGCAAUCUUUACCAGGCCCACAAUACUCUUGGAGUCAUAUCACUAUGGACUUCAUAGAGGGACUUUCAAUGUUUAAGGGUAAGAAUGUGAUCAUGGUUGUGGUCGACAGGUUAACAAAAUAUAGCCAUUUCCUCGGUCUAUCCCAUCCUAUUUGUGCUACUGCUAUAGAAGAUUAUGUACAGAACAAGCAGGCCAUUGCGAAGUUGCUCAAAGAAAACCUAGAACAAGCUCAAGCUAGAAUGAUGCAUUAUGCUGAUACCAAGAGGCCAAAGAGGACAAUUGAAACUACUGUUGCCAUUAGGAGGAACAUGAAAUUGGCUACAAAAUAUUAUAGUCCUUAUCAGGUAGUAGAGAAGAUUGGGGCUGUUGCCUAUAAACUGAAGUUACCAAAGGGCUUUAAAAUUCAUCUCGUUUUCCAUGUGUCAUUAUUGAAGAAGAAGGUGGGAGAGGGAGUGACUCCUGGUUCUGCCCUACCAUACUCAGAUGAAGAGGGACAGCUGAAGGUGCAACAAGUGGCAAUGUUAGAAAGGAGGAUGGUCAAGAGGAAAAAUAGUGCAGCAGUGCAAUGGCUAGUUCAGUGGUUCAACUCUACUCCAACUAAUGCUACCUGGGAGGAUGAUGAGUUCAUAUGA